AUGUUCUUUUGGUGCACCAUGCUCUACGUGCACCACGGUCCAUAGUCCACAGGUUGCUUGAAAUUUGGCGCUCCGAAGUCCGAAGUCCGAAGUCAAGCAAGCAACAGCGAUUGGAUUUCAAAGUUCAACUCAGCGAUUAAAGGGUAUUGAAACCUGUUUGCUUCGGUGGGUUUUUAUUCACUAAGAGUGUUGUGCAAACAUGUCCAAGAAGAGAGGUCUUUCACUAGAAGAGAAGCGUGAGAAAAUGCUUCAGAUAUUUUAUGACUCCCAAGAUUUCUUCCUUCUUAAGGAGCUUGAGAAGAUGGGGCCAAAGAAAGGUGUCAUCAGUCAGUCGGUGAAAGAUGUUAUCCAAAGUCUUGUGGAUGAUGACCUUGUCUUAAAGGAUAAGAUUGGAAGUUCUAUAUACUUCUGGAGUCUUCCUAGCACAGCGGGAAAUCAGCUUAGGAAUGUGUCUCGCAAACUAGAAUCUGAUCUUCAUGCCAGCAAGAAACGCUAUGCUGAACUGGUGGAACAAUGUGAUGCCCUAAAGAAGGGACGCGAAGAAUCUGAUGAAAGGGAGGAGGUUUUAAAUGAGUUAAAAUCUGUUGAGCUGAAGCACAAUGAAUUGAAGGAGGAACUGGCCCAGUAUGCAGAUAAUGAUCCCGCUGCUUUUGAGACAAUGAAAAAAGCUAUAGAAGUUUCAUAUUCGGCUGCCAACAGAUGGACAGAUAAUGUUUUCACUAUGCGGCAGUGGUGUGCAAACAAUUUCCCACAGGCUAAAGAACAGCUUGAACACAUGUACCAGGAGGCUGGAAUAACAGAUGAUUUUGACUACAUAGAGUUACCAAACCUUGCUUCACUUGGAACUCCAGAUAACUAGCUAGAAGAAGAAUCUAUGUUCAUGCUGCCUGGCCGCUAAUCUUCUGAAAAACAACUGCUCUUUUGGCAGAUCCUGUUAUAACUUGACCAUACAAAUCUUCCACGGGUUUUUUUUCCUGGUCAAUAGACAUUGCUGUUUUUUAGUUUUAUAGUGAGACAAGGGCUAAUUUUAGCUGAUGUAAGAUUGCUUAAGUAUUUAUGUUAAACAGAUUGAUGUAGCCUCGUUUGUUUGUCAGCUUAAAUUCUCCUGUCUUAAAUUUUACCAUUCUUCAUGAGAUUGAAAAACCGACAUCUGGUAACGAAUGAAAGUCUGGUUAAAAGAA